GAAGAGCAGAAGUCCGAAACUCCGUGUUAGCCGUGUUGUAGUUGAGGGCACCACGACUUUUUUCUUUCCUUUUUUCUUCUUUGCUGUUUGAUUUGUUUAUAGUGGACAGUGUUCUGUUCCGGAUUGCUUUAUCCUCCUUGUGCAUCUCGCAGCUUCACGCCUUUGAACACACCUCUCUCAUAAAGAUGUUUGCUACCUUCAGUGGUUGGGUGUCCUCGGCCGCAGACGCCGUGAACAGUCUCUCGGACCAAGGCCUUGAUGCGGUGCGCCAGACUGGCCUCAUCGACGCACUUCAGAACACGACGCUGCAGGUCAGCUCGACGGCACCCACCUCGCCCGAUCAGCAGCUCGCCGUGAAGGAUUUCAUGACGCCACCGGCGACCUGGACAGGGAGCUCCGAUGAGUGGAAGUGGUGCAUCGAAGCGGCGCUGGACGAUCGAAACACGUGCGCCAUCACACCGACCACGCUGAAGAGCGAUGAUAACUUGUGGCAGGAAAUCCACUCGUUGAUAACGCGAUUGAAAAAGAAUGCAGUGGCGACGGCGGCGCCAUCAACACCAGAGGCUGGUGCGUCUACCACUGAGCCAGUCGCCGUAGAGCCUCUGGACAACCUCAAAGGCACCUACACCCCGUCGGCCGACCUCGUCGCCUUCAUUCAAGCGCACACGUCCAUUUACGAAGUCCGCUCCUACGUCGUGCCACUUUUCACGUCAGACGAGGACUACUGGCUCAACCUCGGGUGGCGACUGACCUUAUACCGCCUGUGUACCAACGCUGGUGAUCUUCUAACGGUAAUGCGGACGCUGUCGAAGCUGCCGGCGCGGCUGUACGACAUCGCCUGUGCGGAGAAGCGCGCAGCUGAAGAGGUGGCAGAGACAAAUCGCGCUGCAGCCGCGGGGCGAGAAGCGGCUCGCGCGAACAACAACGGCGACGAAGACGCCGACUAUGAAGAGGAAGAAGUGGAAGAAACAGCAUACGCUGGAAGGCCGCACCUCACCGACAACAGCGCGUACUGGAGCGAAAGGAGGAAGCAGUACGAGGCAGCGCAGGAGAAGUUCGCGUGGCUGCGCGAGACGCAGGACCGCAUCAAGAAGGAGAUGGAACUGGCGCGGGGCAAUGUGAAGCUGCUGGAAAGCCUGCUGCAGCGCCAGGAAGCCUCCUCGGCGGUCGGCGUCUCGCUGCGUGACAGCUGCAACUACCACAAAGUGAAGCUGUCGCGCCUCAUCGCGGACGUCUGCGCCGCUCCAGAAGACAACACCAAAGGCACGGUGCUCGACGCGGCAUCGGGGUCGCUGUUUCACGAGCUGUUUCAAUGCAACGAAGCUGUCAAGAACGUGCUGCACGCCUACGCCGGACUCAGCCAGAAGGGCGGCAGCGGUGGGAGUCCGAAAGCGCAGGCACCACCGCUUCGGUCCCCCACCCCGACGUCGCCGAGCCGAGAGGUUGCAACUGCCAACGACGCGCCUGCCUCUCUGUCGCUGGGGACGAAAACCCGCACGUCCGCCUCGCCAAAGACGCAAUCCGUCGCCUCCAGCAGUGCAGUGGAGCUGAGUGCCGCGGGCAGCGCCAGUCCUGUCCUGGCAAGUGCGCAGAGGAACAGCAGGGACAACGAUGACGACGAAGGCUCUUUCGAGGCCAAACUUCCAUGGUCGAUGGACGAAUAA